CCCCCGCGGCUGGCUUGGCGGCCGACAGUUACUUUCUUGAGCGAGCCCAUCAGGACCAGAGAGCCGAGGUCUAGAAGGCACGACAGCCACGACACUCAUCGGCGGAGUGUUCAAAAUAAACCCGAGAGGGAGAUGGAUGAUAGUUCAAAAGACAGCAAGCCCCUUGAAACCAAGGAGUCUGCUAUUAAUAACGCUGAAGAUACCUCUUUCAUUUUGGGAAAUGGGAAGCUUGUAACUCCUCACAAGCCUGCAGCUGAAGUGACUCCUAAUCGUUGCUUGUCAGAUGCUUUUCAAUCACCUUUGAACUUUUCCACAGUAACUGUGGAGCAAUUGGGAAUUACACCUGAAAGUUUUGUAAAGAACUCUUCAGGAAAGUCAUCAUCCUACCUUAAAAAAUCCAGACGACGCUCUACAGUUGGUGUUCGGGGCUCUCCGGAAACAAACCAUCUAAUUCGUUUCAUUGCCCAGCAGCGGAAUUUAAAGAAUGCUUCUUUGACCAAGAAUUCCCCUUGUCAGGGCAGCCCUGUUUUGUAUCGAAAUGUUCAUUCUUUAAGAGAACAAAUAUCUGCCUUCCAGUCAGCUUUUCACUCCAUAAAGGAAAACGAGAAAAUGGCUGACUGUCCUGAAUUCUCAGAGACGGAAGGAGAGUUCAAGAUCACAGGCUCAACCAAAAAGGAAAGUCUUGGUGAAUGUCAACAGUGUGAGCUCCCUGCAAACUUGUCAUCCAAGCGACAGAGAAUAUCCUCUCCGAGCAGCUCUGAUGGAAACCUAACUGAUGCCUUUGGUCUCCAGAUACACAAUGUUGCUGCUUUUCCCAAUACAGAUAGACAGUGUGCUGUUGAAACUUCUGCAAAUCUCUCUGAGAAAUCUUCUGAAUCUGGUUUAAAUCUACAGUCUGGAUGUUUAGUUGGAGAGUAUCCUCUACUUUCAGAACUCACAGAGGCUUCAAGUGGAAUCCAGGUCGCUGACCCUGUAGAGGGCAAAAGAUCCAGCGAUGCGGUUUCAGUUGACAAAUUUACAGAAGUGAGUACAGACGUGGCUCCUGAAGCCAGGUCACUGGUUACUCCACUGUGCCAGAGGGACAUUCCAUCCUCUGAGACCUUUGUACUUCGUUCUGUGCUGAAGAAACCUUCUGCAAAGCUGUUUCUAGACAGCCUGCAGGAACACCAUGACAACCUUUGUGAUGGUGGGACUCAUCCAAGCUUAAUCUUAAAUCUUGCAAACUGUUGCAAAGAACGAAAAGCAGAAGGUCAAGAAAAUUGUACAGUACCAGACUCUCUAAAUGUGAGGAAGAGGAAGAGAGUUACUUUCGGAGAGGACCUAAGCCCUGAAGUGUUUGAUGAAUCUUUGCCAGCAAACACUCCGUUGCGUAAAGGAGAAACACCGGUUCGUAAAAAGGAUUUAAGUACCCUCAGUCCCCUGCUACUUGAACAGUCCCCAGCUCCUGAGGGGUUACUUCAACCAAAUUUUGAUGACAAGGGAGAGAAUCUUGAAAACAUAGAACCUCUUCAGGUAUCAUUUGCAGGUCUCAGUCCUCUUAGUAAGUCUUCAAUCUCUGAGACUCUUUCAGGCACUGAUACCUUUGCCUCUUCAAAUAACCACGAGAAAAUAGCCUCCUGUAAAGUUGGUAGAGCAAUGCGGACCUCUAACAGAAGAAGUCAGUUGAUCAGUUUUUCAGAAGAGAGUGUUUGCAACUUAUUUAAUACAGAAGCUCAGCCUUAUAAAGAAAAGAAAAUUAAUAGGAGGAAGUCUCAAGAAAGCAAUCGCGCAGACAGAGCACUUCCUAGAAAGAAUCAGGUUUUAAAAAGUUGCAGAAGGAAGAAAGCAAAGGGAAAGAAAAAAAGUGUUCAGAAGUCUUUAUAUGGGGAAAGAGACAUUGCGUCUAAGAAGCCACUCCUGAGCCCUAUUCCUGAGCUGCCCGAGGUAUCUGAGACGCCGCUGGUUCCAAGCAUCUGGAGGAUGUGUUCAGAUGAUUUCAACUCAAAUGAGGAAGUUGAAGAAGUGAAGCUUCCGAAGAGAAAUAAUAUUUUGCCUCAGAACCCAGAGGACUGGCAGAUGGUUCGAGGCUUUAAUAAAUACGAUGUGUCUGAAUUCUGCAGCUCUGACAUGAAAAGUUCUUCAUCACUUAUUAAUGCUACUUUUGAGCAAGGUUCAAAUACAAGUACUAUAGAAAUUAAUGAAAACAAAAAUAUUCCAAAAGCAGCAGUUAAGUUGGAAAGUGAAAACGAACUAAAAACUGAGACUGAGAAUGAAAACAGCCCUAUUUCUUGUCCUUCUGUGACUGAAACACCCAUUGUAUCAGACAAUCCAAAACCUGAUUUUACCGUGCAGUCCCAAGAACUUACUGCUGCUGGUCAAAAUACGGAAAACCUUUUCCAAAUCUUUAAAAUCUCAGAAGAUAUAAACAUCAAAUGUGAAAACCAGGAUGAUUUCUUAGUCGUUCCAGAAGGAAAACUGCAGACCAAGCAUUUAAUGCCCGACUCACAAAAAGAAUGUGAUUGUUCAGAAGAUGUCUUAAUUGACCACAUGAAAGAAAGUCAAAGUCAAGGUGAGGAUUUGGGAAGAAACUCCAUAGCAAGUAGUCAUGGUGUGAGUUACAGAGAAAGGAAAUACAGAAGACAGUCCAUGGCUUGUUCUGAUGGGCAAAGUUUACAUUUGGAAAAAAUCGAGAAUUCCAAACCUUCCUACAGUGUGAGCAGCUCUGUAGAAAUUAGUUUAGAAAAUUCCCAACUGUAUAAAGAUUUAUCUGACUCCAUUGAGCAAACCUUUCAGAGAACAAAGAGUGAAACCAAAGUAAGACGCAGCACAAGGCUACAAAAAGGUUUGGAAAGUGAAGGGCUUGUGUGGAUUUCCCUUCCAUUGCCUCCCGCUUCCGGCAUUUCCCAGAGAACCAAGAGGAGAACAAUAGGUACAUUUGACAGCAGAAGAUCUGAGAACGGGUCCUCCAGGCAAAAACCUUGUGUGCUGCCCUCCACACCAGGCAAAGAAAACAGUGAGGGCUUUGCUGCUGCUGCUGCCAGUUUACCUGGGAGGAGACGGAAGAGCUUUUGUACAUCUACACUUGCAGAUCCUAAAAACACCACCCAGUCGAGAGGCUACAAAAGAACCACCUUUCUCAACCAGAAGGAAGCUCUCCAAGUGACUUCGAGAGAAUCAGACAUAUCAGAGAACUAAAGCAGUAACUGACAUUCCCUGCAGAACGUUUUGGCAAGAGAGAAGGUAACCAACCAUUCCUGCCUGAAAGAUUCUUUCAUCCAAGUUCCCAUCCUUUGUUCAACCUCAGUGUUUUAAAAGUUUCAAAUAAAAUUAUUUGAGUAGAACCUACUUUUAAGUAGAAAUAAGUGAAUCUCUCCACCUUUCAAACUGAAAGCGUUGUAUUAAACAUGUUCUCCCCACAAAUGAUAAAAGCUUUAUUGGUAUUCUGUUAAAAAGGAUUGCUUUUAGACCUAACAGCAUGUCUCUUAAGUUUUAUUUCAUGUUAGUACAUAUUUAUCACUGAAGGUUUAGAGUUUCUGUUGUAAAAAAAAGCAUCUUUUAGAAUUGACUUGUUAUAUCUGGAUGAGAAGAGUGUUUUGUUUUGGUCUUUAACAAAUUGUUAGAAUUAAUGUAACUUUAUGAAAAUUGAAGGUAAUAUAAGGUUGAAACUGUUAAAGAAAGUGGGGUGAGGUAUGUUUUUAUUUUAAAAGGUUGCCCCCAAAAAACGGGUUAAAAAAUUUAACAAGUAGGAAAGAUGGAAAUGAUAAAAUUUGUUUUUUUCCUUUUGGGGUUAAAGUUAAGAGAAGCUUUAAUAAUAUACUUUGUCUCAAAUAAAAAUUUUAUUUUAAUAGAUUAAAAUCAAAUCUUAAACAUGGGAUUUUGGAAAAUUCUUUCAAUAACCAGAAUAUUGCAAAUCUGUCAUUAUAAAGUGAAUAUAUAAUUUAGAAAUAACUAACAUGAAAGCAUUUUGACCUUCACACAACACUCUUGUAUGCUUUGUGGGGUAGGAAGUAGGGGUUUGGUUUUUGGUGAAAAUAUAAGCAGUCUGGUUGAAGAUUCAUCUCCCAGAUCAUUCCGAUUAGUCACAGGUAAUUUGGGAUUGAAUUCAUGGUUUUCCAUUAAAAAAAAAAAAUCCAGAAACUCACUUAAAAGACCCUAACAAAUUGGUUUACUAACAUGAAGCACGGUGGUAGGUUGCUGAUUUCUUUUUUAGCAUGGCAUUUUCCAGGCUUUCUGACUUUUUAUUUCACCAUACCAAGAGCUAGUACUUGUUUUGGUUUGUCCAGUUAAGCUUCAGCAGUAUAUCCUAUCACAGUUUUGGUGACAGCAGUUUGAAAAUCUAAAUUGCUAUAUUUUUAGAAUUUGUGAAUGCAAGUAAAUCAUUGUAUCAUUAAACAAUUGUCUUUGAAAUCCUUUAAAUCAUUAAACUCUCCUACUCCUGUGAUAGCAGAAACAUGUUAACAAAUAGGGCUCUCUAUAAAUAACACAACAGGGAAGAAAGCUCCUGCUGGGCGCCCAUUUCCCCUGCCUUAGAUAGAGACUAUUUGUUACCUUCUUGGCACCAAUAGGUCUGGAACUCCUGCUGCUAAAGACUAAUGUAUUUUACAUUAACACUCAAAGUGAUCCCCAAUUUCUCCUGCUAAAGGGUGGAUUGUUUCAAAAAUUCUUUUAUCUUUACACGUAAAUUAUUUAUGGGCUUUUCCCCCCAUUUAUAGUUUGGUACGGUUGGCAAAUGUCUACCACUGAA